AUGGCUGGCAACAAUAACUUCAACGUCCCAAACCCUGUUCCCUUCCACCUGGACAAUUUCAUCCAAGGUUCCGCCCCCGAGGGGACGAAUCGACAUCGGCGGGAGGGACAACAGCAUACCGCUGACGGGCAAGGGAGACCGAGGCAUGAGACCUCACAACCUAACAGAAGACAGCAACCUCAGAACGUCGAGCAAGCUCAAAACAGUGGGAACGAGCAGCCUCAACCCCAUAACGGACCUGAGCAAGCUCAAAACCUGAACGAAACUGACGCCAGAGACGGGCAGGUUGCCUCCUCGUUCACCCAUACCUCUGAAAGGCGAAGAGUUCAAUACGAAGACGACCAAGAACAAGUCAAUAUCCCCGAGGAAGCCGACUCCACAGCCGUCCUCUUGCUCAAAGAACAGCAGAAGACCAACCGCCUCAUGCGGCUUCAAGGUGACCGCAUUGACGAGCUGGAAAGGGAGCAACGAUAUCCUUCCCCCCUGCGGAGACACUAUCGGUCGCGUUCCUAUUCUUCCUCACGCUCAUCGCCGAGGAGAUCAUACUCUCGCUCUCCACCACGAAAGAGCAAGAAGAAUCAGAAGCCUAAAACCACAGAAGUUGGGAGCCUCUCUCCCGAGCGAGAUUCCCGGGGCCCCUCCAAGGCUGUGUUGAAACCUCGUGAGCGUUCCCCUCCCCGGGACAACCGCAAGAAUCCAGGAAAAACACAGGUAAAACCCCGGCGAAACAGACACUCGACCUCUCCAGGACCAAGUGACGAGGAAGACUUCCGCAACCCCUUGUCCGAAAGCAUCCGAAGAGCUCGUCUUCCACGAGGAAUGGAAAAACCACCGACCUUGGACCUAUACGAUGGAACUACCGAUCCCGACGAACACAUUUGA